UCUUCGCGCGCCUUGGCUGAUUUCCCGCCAUUCCCGCCCUAUGCUGCUCAGCAGUGCACGCGGAGCCCAUUUUCCCUGAGGAAAGCGGGGUCUCAGAGGUCCAGCAGGCGAGCUGACUGAAAUGUCAGGUCAGGAUGGUGUCAACAGACGUGGAAGCUGAUAGGAGUGCGGAGGACACAGUGCUGAACAGGCCCAAUGAUGAUGCGGAAACACCAGCCAGCCUUAAUACGAUAGAGGAGCAAAGGCCAGUGAAACAGUCCCUGAGCGCAUCUAUGCGUCGCGAGACACACUGGCGCUGUCUCCUCCUCUCCUUGCUCAUGUAUAGCUGCCUGGGUGCUGUGGCCUGGUGCCAGUUCAGUCGUGUCACCAAGCUGACCUUUGAUUCAUCCAGUACCUCAUCCUUGACUGCCUCUGUAAACUCACUACGAGGUGGAGGAGGGCGCUCCAUGAUAUAUCACGAUAGCCCCUGCACUGAUGGCUACUUCUAUAUCCCACUUGCCUUUCUGCUAAUGCUCUAUGCAGUCUACCUGAUGGAGUGCUGGCACUGCCGUGCCCGCAGUGAGCUCCAGUACAAAGCUAAUGUAGACAGUGUCUACGAAAGGGUGCUACGCAUGCGUCAGGCUCGGCCAUGUGUGUGGUGGAAAGCCAUUGGCUACCAUUUUGUACGGAGGACAAGACAAGUCACACGCUAUCGGAAUGGAGAUGCCUACACCACUACACAGGUCUACCAUGAGCGGGUCAACACACACGUGGUGGAAGGCGAAUUUGACUACAGCCAUUGCGGAAUGAAGGACAUCUCACGGGACCUACGUGGCCUGGAGAGUCAUCCAGCUACAAGGUUACGCUUUACCAAGUGCUUCAGUUUUGCAGGACCAGGACCUGAGAAUGUCUAUCUCAACCAACGGUCCAGAUUCUUCUCAGCGAUCGAGGGCUUAGACGACUACAUGGAGGCACGAGAAGGCAUGCAGCUGAAAAAUGUUGAUUUCAGAGAACACCUUAUAGCCUAUGUGGAUCCUGACCAGCUACCCUGGUACUCUUCUCAGGUCGCCUUUUGGCUGGCUGCCGUCCUCAUGCUAUCCUGGCCACUACGGGUUUGGGUAGAGUAUCGGACAGCCUACGUACACUACCAGGUAGAAAAGCUCUUUGGGCUGGAGUACAGCAACAACAGCUCAUCUUCAGAUGAGCUUCCAUCUGCAAGGAAUAGUCAUUGCAGUAUCCCAAGAGGGGAAACGGUAGACAGCACAGAGCUGGAAUGGCAUAUUCGCUCGAACCGCCAGCUUAUCCCUAGCUACUCUGAAGCCAUGCUGAUGAACUUGGGGAACUCUAGGCCAGGACAAGGUGACAUCAGAGCAUCAAACGGCUUCCUAUUAGAUGACACCCUAACCCAGAGCUAUGGCACCUUGACACAAGACUGUGAUCGUUGCUGCCAGCUUGAAGGAACGCGUCGAGCCACCAUCAGCUCCAGCUGCUCCUCCAUCUUCUCCCGGCACACUUUCCAUUCAUGCGUGUCUCAAGACACUUCCCGCUUUUCACUGUGCCGAAUGUAUGGAUCUAGGCACACGGUGGGGCUGUGGAGGAGUCAUAGCAGCACACUGACUGAACGCUGCUGCCUGGACGAGCAGUGUUGCAGGUCAUACUCCAGCCAGCUAGCACUAAAUAACAGCCCACCCAACUACCAGGAUGCACGCUUCUUCCCUGUCCUUAUUGUGCACAGGUCCGAGGGGUGCGGAGAUCCUUCAGAAGUGAGGAGAUACUAUGUCCGUAGAAGUUCCCUCUGUUUGGAGACUUCCCUUUAGAACUUUAUGCAUCCUCGCUUCACUGAUCAAAUGUGGUGAUAUGAAAGAACGCAUAAUGACUUUCAGAAUUAUGGCCUUAGUAGAACUGGGAGGGAAAUAUGCAAUGACUGUCUGUUUACUGAAUGUGAUUAUAACCCAAGUCCUUGAUGGUAAUGAUAAAUAAACUAAAAGCCUCAAAAUCUUUUAAAUAUAUGUGUGUAGCAAAUAAAUAAAUAUUUGCAUAAAAAAUUAUGUACAGGUAGAUUGGAAUUCCUUUGAUUGGAAAGGACUUUCCCCAUUACCCAUCACUAGCACAUCAUCUGCAUUGGAAAUUAUAAAAAUUGAAGUCUAUAAAAAUCACCAAAGAAGAAAUGACUGAAGAUAUAUAGAAAUAAUGACUGAAUAUCUAAAAGAAAUGAUGUACAUUUACCAGAUACAUCAAAACUUCAGUUUUCACACACAUUUCACUUUUAGGUAAAAGGUUUUAAUCUGUCCUACAUCAUUUAAAUUCCAUAUAUUUUUUGUGCUUGCUGUGUAGAAAAAAUAGUCGAUUAAGUAUUGAUGAAAGGAAAUAUUGGAUGACAAAUUAUAAUGGAAGUCAAAACAAUAAUUGAGAAUUCCAUUAGUGAUGCACCAGUGUGAAAGUUCUUGGCCUUAACUGAUGUCAAAAUGCAGGACAUUGCAUAAAUUAUUUUCAUUUAUAUUGUUUUUAUUUCAGUGAAAUAUGUCCAAGUUACAAAAAUGUAAUAUUCUGAAAAUUCUUGUUUUGGUAUAUUUCACAGCAAAUUUUAAUAUGAAAUAUGUAAUAUGCAAAAUGAAAAAGAAAUUACAUUUUCAUGUGGGUGAUAAUUAAAAAAUAUCACUGACAACCGAUAACAGUUAUUUUCAAAGUAAGGUUCAAAGCAAUAUUUUGAAAACGGCAUUGUAAGAUUUUUUUAAACACUUGUUAGACUUUCUUUACAUUCCGAUCAAUAAAGUUGAUGCUCUAAGAAAAACAAGAACAACUCUAGUCCCUGUGACUGUCCCAGGCUCUGUACUCAGGAGCACAAAAAUCACAUUAAGACUAAAUGUGUUGACCAGUAGCACUUGGUGUUAUUGCAUGCCUGACUGUCAUUUAUUUUGUGCAUACACCUCAGUCAUUGGGAAGGAACAUAUUGGAAAAGAGCAGUUGUAGGUUAAUGUGAAAGCAGGACCUGAGAAUGCCUACAUUUUUGUGCUGCUAAUUCAGCCUAUAAAAUAUCAGCAAUAAAGCAGCAUAUACAUCUUAUAACCAAGUAAUC